AUGGAGCUCCACACCAAAAGAGCGCGUUCCGCUGUGAGUCCCAAUUCGGAGCGUCUCCCGCUGAAACGCAGAGCUCUGAACACCACCGUCACUUCCCCUCCCAUGGUAUCUCGCAGACGGUCGUUCGUGCCUCGAAUCUCAUUUUUGGCGGACAAAAAAUGUCCCAACCAGUCAGCAGCCUCUUCCAGCGACGAGUUCGAUGUCCCCAACACCCCCACGUAUCAUACCAACUCCGCGAAGAGGCCUGCCGUGCAUUUCAAGUCUUCUCCCAGUGCGGACUCGAUGCUUUUAGAAGCCGUUUCCAAGUACUCGGAUACCGAAACUGACCUAUGUUCAGACGCACACUCCAACAAUGAAUGUGAAAAUUCAAACGAAUACGCAAUUCGGGAACCUGCUGUUUCUAAUGCUUCUUUAGAGGCCCAACAAAUUGCUGAAAAUGACUACGCGCUCGAAAGACGCAAAUCUUUAUCUAGACACGCAUCCUUCUCUUCAAUAAGCCGCAAACAGUCAGUGCCGCACUCAGACUCUAUUGCUCAAGAAAGAUGUUUUGACUACCUUUUACAAUCGAUCGAUGAGGUAUGGGCACGGUACUGCAACACCACAUCUACGGCAGAAGUGAAAGUUUACGACAACAUGUGCAAACCCCAGACACAGUAUUCGGAAUCUCCUUCUCCUACUAUCGAUGAUUCCUGUGUCGUUCGCUCAUCCAAUCCCAGUUCUCCUCAAUGUCAACGGACGCUUUCAUUCACAUCGAUCAACAAAGACAGCAGCAACAACAAUGCUUCCGAUGAUGACAGUGACGACAGCAGUGGCUACAAGUCUGAGAUCACUAACCCAACAGAAUAUGAAACUGAUUGUGAUUAUCGCAAAAUCUCCAAAUUACCAGAUUCCGUUCGCUUGCAGUCGCUGAAAGAUCGCUUGUGCAAAGCUAAAAACGAUUUAGAUGGUUUACACGAUUCCAAUUCGUACGAGGAUUGUGCCAGAUUCUGGAGGCGUUGGGAUAUGAUAAAGUAUAGCGCUGUUGAAAUGAUGGAAGAAGAUGACGAUGAUGAAGUCAUCGAAUCUGUAAUUGAGGAGCUGGAAAGAGGCCGUUGCUUCGUUAACUAG